GCAGAGCGGCAACGUCGCAUUUGGCUCGCGUCAUGCAUUCGUCAUGCAGUUUCACUGCUCAGGCAACUUGCGAGACGCAAACACGUAAUUUUAUUUCAAAAUGGCCGCCUCAGCAUCGAAUUUUGUUCACGUCGUUCAACAGUAUCCUUGUUUGUAUAAUAAUAAGUUACCUGAAUAUCUAAGAAAGGAUGUGACGGAUAAAGCUUGGAGUGAGGUUGCACAGAAAACAAACACAUCGGUGGCUGACUGUCAAACUCGAUGGCGAAACAUAAGAAAUGGGUUCGUCCGCAGUCUCAAACCGAACACAAAACAAAAGAAACUAUAUUACCUACACGAAGAACUACAGUUUGUCGUGCCUUUUGUUAAAGCAAUUAUCAACACAGGUGAUGCAGGAAAUAUGCAAACAUCUGCUGAGGUAGAUACUGAAAAUAAUGAAUCUAAUUCCUUGACAGACGAUGAAGAAAUACAAUUUGCUUUGCCUUGCGUUGAAACUAUCCAAACAAAUGAAUUUGCAGAUACAGUUGUAAAGACAGAGGUAGACGAAAAUACAGAAUUCAAUACUACAGAUGAUGUUCCUGAAUAUGGAAAUACAAGUCUAAAUACGCCAUUUUCAGUAGUGGAACCGUAUGUAAGGAAAAGAAAAAUAAGAAAAGUUACCAAUGAGGUUGAUAAAGCGUACGAAGAAUGGAUGAGACAGAAAGAGCUGAAGUCUGACAGAGCUAGGAAGAUGUUUUUGUUAAGUUUAGUACCAGACGUGGAAAGUUUGACUGAGGAGCAAAUGAGGAAGUUUAGGAUAAAAGUGCUGUUGUUACUGGAAGAUAUUCAAGCGCAAUAAUAAU